UGCUAGGCUACGACUGUUCCGGACGAAACAUUCCGAGCCGCUGAGCUUCGCAGCCAAGGUGUGGAAGCGAGACCUCUGUGGCUCUUCUGUAGCGCCAGCGCUGAGAUCGGGAGGCGGCAAGAGGCCAGGAGGGAAGUGAGCGGUGUCGGAAGGCGAUAAGCCAAAUGAAGAAGAGACUCGCUAAGUUUGUGAGCUGGGUGGGCUUCAGCGCCCGUCAGAGAGAGCGCAGGGAUCAUGAGCACCCCGUGCCUAGGUAUCCCAUCCGUAAGCACGAACUAAAGAAGUUCCACAAAGCCGCAUAUCUUGGCGAUCUGGACACAGUGGAGGUGUUGCUGUUACGUAAGAAGAAUUUCGUGCACAGCAGAGACAGGAACAACAGGACUGCCCUACACUUAGCCUGCACGAGCGGCCAGUCACCAGUGGUGACUCUCCUUAUAGGGUGGCGUUGUGAUCUGAAUGCUCGUGACAAGGAAGGCAAGACAGCUCUCAUCAAGGCUGUACAAUGCCGGAAAGAAGCGUGUGUCAGUAUCCUGCUGGAACAGGGUGCUGACCCAAAUCUUGCGGACGACUUUCAAAACACUGCUCUGCAUUACGCCGUCUUGGCUGGAAAUACAUCAGUUGCAGCAGAGCUGCUCCGCUAUGAUGCAAAUAUCGAGGCGAUAAACGAGUAUAACAUGACACCAUUUUUACUCGCCGUCAGGAAGAACAAAGAAGAAAUGGUCAAAUUUUUGAUGGAGAACGGGGCAAAUGUACAUGCAGUUGACAAGCUGCAAAGAUCAGCACUCACACUUGCUGUGUAUCAUGACUCACCGGACAUAGUCAAGCUGCUUCUUGAGAAACGUGUUAAUGCCGAUUCGCUAGAUUCACACGGACGGACUGCUGAAGAAUAUGCUUAUUGUAAUGGUUUUGAACACCUUUACCAACUGAUUGUCGACUACAGAGCCGGAAAGAUACCGAAUACUUCCCCUCAAAAUAGCGACCUAGGACAGAGUUCUGCUAAGGAGAGUUUACCUUCUUCUCAUCCUGGGGCAGAAAAUAUCCAAGAAAAGUUGCAAUUGUCCAGCAAGGACAACGAAGAAGAAGUGGUUGUCGAGUUGGGAACCAGCAAUGGCAGCUGCAUGGAUUCAGUGAAGAAUGUUGAGAAGAAGAUUUCAGUGACUAAGGUUGCACCGAGGUUUGAAGACAUCUCUGUAAGCAGUAUUUCACCCAAACAUGAUAUUGAUGAUUCACGGCCUCCAUCAGAUGGUAACUUAGAUCUUGCUCCCAAGAAAGUCCGGCAUCCAAGAUUCGCAAAGCUAAUUCAGGCCUGGGAAGAACCCAUGAUAAACACAGAGGCAGAAGAUGGUGUUUUGAAACCAGGAACUAGCACCUUCUUUGAGGACAAUAAUUCUAAUAAUGAAAAUGAAGAUGCAGUUAGAACCUUUUCCCAACCAUCAAGUGAAGUUUCAGGCUUUUCUCAUCCUGCCUUCCCAGCACCGGAACCUCUCACAUCUUCAGCAGUCCUUGGUGUUACAGAGGAAGAAACAACAAAGCCAAAAACUGGGGGAAAAGAGAACGGCACUCGGACUAUCAACAGUGUUGUAAAGGAGCAAGCAGAUCAUAGCAAAUUGAUUUCUGUUGAUGGAGUACACAAAAGUGACAGAGGUGGCGCAACUUCAGCUUUAGGACUAGAAGAAAAGGAAGAUGUCAAAUCACCCUUGGAUUCUGAGAGUAUCUCUGAGAUUCAACUUCUGAACUGUGUUGAUAAUUUAUCUGGAGCUGCAGGUCGAGGAGAAAAAAAUACAUUAAAUGGACAAAUAGAAAAUUCUACUGAAAAAUAUCCUCACUUGAAGCCUGCAGUUGGAGUGAAAGAUUCUGUUCCUAAUAAAACAGGAGAAAUGAAGAAUUUACAAACAUUCAAAUCAGGUUCUUCAGACUGGGAUUCUACUAGUCUGAGCCUCAAUAAUAAGGCUGGUCAAAGAGCCAAGCAUUUGAAAGUUGACAAAUGUCCGUUGGUAUCACAAUCAGUGACCACAAACCAGUCAGCACCCACAGAACUGAGGCAGACGGCCCUGGUAGAUAAAGACCGGGUGAAUAUUGGAGCCGUGUCUCUGUCAGAAAAUGCAGCGCUCCGUGGCCUGUGUGAGUCACAGCUGCCAGAGAAGAGAAGCAGCAAAGAAGCAGACCCAGACUUCCAAAGGGCAGCUGAGGAAGAGCAAGAAAGACUUGAUGGGAGUGAAAACAACCUCUCACAGGAUAAAUGUGUUUCACAAGCACAUACUGUGAAAGAAAAGAAAUCUGAAGAUCAAAUCAACCAGAUUAAUCUUUCACUUGUGCAUCUGCAAAAAACGCCUAGAGAACCAGAAGUGAAUAAGGAAAAUGACAGAAAGGAUGUACCUGUAUCUUCAAAACAUUCUUGUGUGGAGAAGCAUGAGGACAUGUGGGUCAAACAAGGCAAAUUCGACUGGAAACAUAAUUCAGAAUUUAUCACAAAGAAGUCAAACCAGAAAAUGAGUAAAAUCCAUGAAAAAGGCAAAAUUACUUUUCAUCGUAAGGGAGUGCCGCUACCUGACAACUCUGAACUACAUGGUGACUUAAAGGAACUACCUUCCAACGUGACAGAUAAUACAUUUGAUUUUGAGGAAAAGGAUGCACCUGGAGCCUCUGUCUCUAUAGGAUUCCAGGCAGUCUCUGAACACAAAGAGCCCAGUCUUGAAAAUGUAUUUCCAUGUUAUUCCAAGUCUGAGUCAAGAAAGUAUGGUUGCCAGUCAUCUUCAAAACUUUAUUUAAAUGAAAAUAAGUUGGAUGAAAAUGAUAAGCCAGACAUUGAACACGUUUUUAACAAAACCGAGGAGAGUUUUCGUAAUGACAGAGAAAAUGAAGUAAGGAACCGAGUUCCAUUUACAGUGAAUGAAGACCAAGAAUUUGCUACAAAAAGAAAACCAAAAAGGAGCCAAAAUACUCACUGGAAAUCAGACAUUGGACGUGCACCUCAGGUUGAAGUAGAAGAGAACAGGAGCAAAAGUGGUGAACUGAAAGGAUCAGAAACCAUAUGUGAUGGCAGCUAUCAUGAAGGAUUAACUCAGCAGAGGAAGAGGGGAAAAACUGAUGACCAGCGGUUUCCUGCUCUGCAGAAAGCAGAUUCUGAUAGUAGCUGUCCUGGCUUGCACAUGAAGGGAGUAAAGAAUGAAAGUGGAAAACGGACAUUAAAAGCAUCUGUGACUUCACGUGUAUUUGCGAAGACUGCCUCGCUGGCUGGUGGUCUCCUACACAGGAAUGACAACAGCAGUUUAAGUGAAGGAGAUCAAGGUUGUGGCAGGUCUUCAAAGAAAAUGUCUACUAAAAAGGACAAGGUCACAGAGCAGGUGAAUUCUGUGGAUGACCUCGAUGACUUAACUCUGGCACCGGAAACAGCUUCUGAGGAUCACAAGUCGCUUUCCCCUAAUUGUAAGAGUACCCUGAGGCUAAUCGAACAACUUGGCCCGGAGAGUAAAGAUUCUGAUAGGUUAUUGAAAAUUGAGGAUCCAGUUCAUUCAUUCAGAUCAAUAGAACUGAAAGAAUCUGACUGUGCACUACUUACAGGAAAAAUUAAAGAAAUGGAAAAUAAGGUGAACUGGCUACAAGCAGAGCUGUUGAAAACAAGAGAAGCAAAAUCACAGUUAAAACUUCAAAAUGUGGAGUGGGAACGACAGCUCUGCAGCAUGAGAUUAACAUUAGAACAAGAAACAAAGAAGAAGAAAAAUGCUUAUAUAUUAUAUGAAAACACUAAGGAUGACUUAAAAAGAAAAGAGAAAGAAUGCAAUGAGCAAGUUUCCGCGAACCAAGAACUUGAAAGCACUGCCCGGGCACUAGAAUGCAAACGGAAGAGCAUAAGGAAUAAACCAAACCAGGUUUUAGAAGAGCAAAAUGAUGCUCAGAGACAACUUUCUCGAGAGCAGAAUGCCAGAGUAAUACAAGAUGAAAUCCUGGCCCGUCAUCUUUCCCAACAAAAGGAGGCAGAAAAGACUAACAAGAAAAUGAAUGCUGAGGACACAAAGGAUUUUGAGCUGUCUGACCCAGAAGAUAACAGCGAGGUGCUUCCUCAGCAACUUCCUGAAGCUGAACGUCAAUUCCGUGGCCAAGAAAUUGAGCUCCAUCCCAGGAGAGAUGCUCUUAGACCAACGACGUUGGUAUUUGAAUGUGUGCAUAGAGACCGAGGCCAAGCCCAGCGUUCAAACAAGGAAACUGAAUCCUUGUCUCAGAGCAAACAAGGGGAAGUCAACAGAUACAUUGGAAAGCAGGCAUUCUUGGAGGAGAGAGUAUGUGAACUAAAAAGCGAAAACGUGUUGCUUCGACAGCAACUGGAAGCUGCUCAAAGUGAGGCCACAAGUAAAAAGACAAUACUUAAUAUCCCAGCGCCGUUUCUGGAUCACCUGGGAAAACUUGAAGCCAUGAGCAGACGAGUUCUGAUGCUGGAGGAAGGAAACAAGGAGUUAAUCGAUGAAUCCAGAUGUUUAAAGGACAGACUGUAUCAGUAUGUAACGGACAGAGCAGAAAUGGAAGCCUGUAUGAGACAGCUUCAGCAAGAGCUGACUGACACCCGAAAGAAAGUGUCCAUGUUGGAAGCUUCCCUGGAGGUGACAGCACAUCAUCACACUAACUCAGAAAAUGAGACACAGGACUCAGAGAGGAGGUCACAUCAAGCUGCGAACCCAAAUGCUGAUCUUCCAGCAAAAGUGGAAUCUACAUCUUCAGUACUUCUCCAUCUGAGUGCAGAAACUCAACGUUUUCUAAAGGAGUUAUUUAUGAAAGAAUUGCAAAAGAAAUCUGACACACUGGAGGAGGAGAAAAAGCAGUUGGAAGAAGAAGUAGUGCACCUCAGGCGUCACCUAGAAAUGAACACAGUGGAACACAGUCCAGUGGAGCAGUACAAACGGGAGACUGAGGAGCGAGCAAGACGGGAUGUAGUAGAAAAUCUGAAAGAACUCAGUCAAGUCAUGCGGUACAAACAGGAGACUGAAAAGCAAGCAAGACAGGAUAUUGCAGAAAGAUUGGAAGAAAUCAGCCAGUUCUUACAGGCCCAAGCAGCAUCUCAAGAAGACUUGUUAAGAGAGUAUAAACGUGCUUCAGUAAGUCAAAUGGAACACAGAGUUAAAGGUCUGGAAACUGAACUGAAAAGUAAAACUUUUCAGUUUGAUUGUAAUGAAAAAGAAUUGGAAAAAUACAGGCAGCUGUACCUGGAAGAGCUAGAAAAUGGAAUGUCAUUGGCAAGCCAACUAAACUCGGCUAAUGAGAGGCUGGCAGCAGUGAGCACUGAGCUUCAGCUGGAGAAGCAGCACAAGAGUUCUCUCCUCGGCUCUGUUCCCGCACGGCCUGUUGACGGACCGCCUUCUGAUGAAAGUUCUAGUACUAGCGUAGAGACCGAAAGGAGUCUUACUCGAAGAAGGAACUUCAGGAAUUUUUCAGACCCUUCGACUAGCAUAAGCGAUCUGUUCAGGAUGCGGAAGAAGUUGGAGAAUAAUAUAGACAGAGAAUUAAAAGAAGCUACUAUUGAACUUGAAUCUAAGUCCUACAGACUCUCUCGUAGGCUCGAUGGACGAGUCAAGUCCAAGUCCAGAUCUGGUUUCGAAAGCACGUGAAGAAUAUGUGGAAAUUCUGAAGAAAAGUAUCUGAUCUACAAGAUAAAUAGUAAACAUUUACCUGCUCUGAAAUAGUAAACAUUUACCUGCUCUGGGCUGUUUGCCUAACAUUUUAAUUAUUUCCCGCUAAGUAAGAUACUGACAAUGUUUAUUAAAGGGAAAUAUUCUUGUAUUAUAUAUGCAUGAUUAAAACUGAUGUAUUUUAAA